UCUGGGUGGUCCCGUGAGACAUUUUGGCUCGAGUGAAUAGAGGCACUGAGCCAUCAUGGCCUGUAAACAACAACAGCGUCAAGCUGAAGGAUAUUGGAACUGAGGCUCGGCCUGUCGUCUGCCGCUUGUCUGGGUUGCAGUAGAUACAGCGAAGCCGUUUUGAACAAUGCGUCGAAGGUGUGUCUGAUUGAUAUCCUUCAGACGGGACAUCAUACUCUCCAGCGGGUAGCUUUACAAGCCAUGUCCUCUCAGCAACCCAACAGCUCUGCCUCCAACAGCCCCACCAACAUCUUAGGCUCUCCCUUCUCAGUCAUCAGUCCCUCUCUCAACUCUCCUGUGGUCUCACCUACUCUGGGAUUUGGGCCCAUCAGCAACAGUCAGAUCUCUUCUUCAGCGCCCAUAUCAGGGAUGCAUUCGAUCAGCAGCUCAGAAGACAUCAAACCUCCGUUCGGCCUGAGGCCCAUGCCAGCUCACAGCCCAGGAAUAAUGCUGUCUCAGAAACGGUUGUGUGUCAUCUGCGGGGACCGCUCUUCUGGCAAACACUACGGAGUGUACAGCUGUGAGGGAUGCAAAGGUUUCUUUAAGCGCACAGUGCGCAAAGACCUGAGCUACACCUGCAGGGAUAACAAAGAGUGCCUGGUCGACAAACGCCAGCGCAAUCGCUGCCAGUACUGCCGCUACCAGAAGUGCCUGGCCAUGGGUAUGAAGAGGGAAGUGAUCAAACAUGUAAAGUGGAUAAAAGAAGAUGGAAAAGAUGAGGGAUGGAUGACGGUCCAAGAGGAGCGCCAGAGGAACCGAGAGCGCGAAGGAGAUCUGGAGUUCAGCUGUGGAGUGAACGACGAGAUGCCCGUGGAGAAGAUCUUGGAGGCAGAGACGGCCGUGGAGCAGAAGACCGAGCUUCACUCUGAUGGAGGCUCUGCAGGAAACUCCCCCCAUGAUGCUGUUACCAACAUCUGUCAGACAGCAGACAAACAGCUGUUUGCCUUGGUGGAGUGGGCAAAGAGAAUCCCUCAUUUCUCUGAACUGCCCCUCGAUGAUCAGGUCAUCCUUCUGCGUGCAGGGUGGAAUGAGCUCCUGAUUGCCUCGUUCUCCCAUCGCUCCAUUCCUUUGAAGGAUGGAGUCCUCCUGGCCUCUGAGCUGCAGCGCGACAACGCACACAGUGCAGGAGUUGGAGCCAUUUUUGACAGGGAGAGCGUGCAGAGCGCAGAGGUCGGCGCAAUAUUUGACAGGGUUCUCACUGAGCUCGUCAAUAAAAUGAGAGAUAUGCAAAUGGACAAAACAGAGCUGGGCUGCCUCCGAGCCAUUGUCCUCUUCAACCCAGAUGCUAAGGGGCUGUCCAACACCGGCGAGGUGGAGCUCCUUAGAGAAAAGGUCUAUGCAUCAUUGGAAGCCUAUUGCAAACAGAAAUAUCCAGAGCAGCAGGGAAGGUUCGCAAAGCUCCUCCUUCGACUGCCAGCACUGCGUUCCAUCGGCUUGAAGUGCUUGGAGCAUCUCUUCUUCUUCAAGCUGAUCGGUGACACGCCUAUUGACACUUUCCUCAUGGAAAUGCUUGAAGCUCCCCAUCAGUUGUCGUAGAUAGGAAGCGCGUACUGUGGUUUUAGAUAGCUGGAGUCUGGCAAGCGGGCGUGGGACUGGAGUGGCACUUUAAGUUCUUUGAAGAUUUGUCAGUUUGUCUCACUGCUGUCUGCGUUACACUUCCUUUAGUGCGGCACAGAUUUGCUCUUUAGACCAAACCCAAGGCUUGGCAUGAUCUACAAGCUGGUGCUAUAUGUUGAAAUAACGUCAUGACUAAAGUAUUUUUAAAAAUGUAAACAUUUACAUAUUUCCCUCACAGGAGCUAUAAUUUGGGUAAACAUUUUUAUAUGAACUUUUUAAACACCCCAAAUAUUAAAAUUCGGUUGUUUCUUCAACUGAACUUCUCCCUAAAGCUUUUUUUUUUUUUUUGUUUUUUUUGUUUUUAUCUUAAUGAAGGCAACCUGAUUUGGAGUAUGCAUUGAGGACGUAGUCUUUUGAUGAAUUUAAAUUCAAGACAGACCUAAAACUGUAUUAUUGUACCAAACGGUCACUCUGAACUGUGUCCAACAGCAGCUCUGAGUCGACUUUUGUCCAGAUUCAAACCCUAACAGGUACCCUGAGAUAGAACAUAAGUCAAUGGAUAAAACUGUCUGUCAGGCCCGACUUGUCUGUGUUGAGUAAAGAUCAGCUUUGUGUCUCGUAUAUACGUUUAGUGUUGUUUACUUCCUUGCCAUUAAGAAAAAAAAAAAAUCAAAUCACUUUGUCAAUGAUUAGUCUGCACUGCACACUUGCUAUGUUCUAUUUCUAAAACAUAUUUUUAAUAAACGCCUCUGACUUCUAAAGGGGUCAAGCAUUUUGUCCUUUGGUGCUAUUUCUGAGAUAAUUUGACAUUAUUGGUGCAAACGCACACCAAAACACAAACCUAAGAAUAUAUGCAAAACAAACAAAAAAAAAUCCUUUGUUAAUCUUUGUUAAAACGAUGUAGCAAUAUAAAAUGUAAACUGCAUAAGCCUGUCAGUUAUUCAGGGGUUUUGCUAAGUAAAUCAUGUCCGAUGGAAAGGGAAUAACUCCAUUUUGUAAUUUAUCUAUUCAAUUCUAAGGUACUGUGCAAAGGCAGUUGUUCAGGGAAAAUGUACAUUGGUAAAUUUGAAUUAUGAUCAGGAGAUACAAAUUAUAUAAUUCUUAAUAUGUGCCCUUGUUUUUAGUUUGUCAGCUAGUAUAAAGCAGAACGUGUCUUGGGUUGCACUGGAUUUGCUGAGACUGUUUCAGCUGAUUUGUUUUUAUUUUUUUUAUUUUUAUUUUUUUUUUGGAUGCUCAGUUGUACUUCCUACCAUUUCCUACCUUUCCCCUCUUUUUUUGUUUUUUUUUUGUUUUUUAGGUAGCUGUCUUGUUCAUUGUAAUGUCUCUGCAAUUUAUUCAAAGCAAACCAUAAUCACAUUUAGUUCCAUGACACCUGUGGACAUGCAGGAAUUUUACACAAGACCAAAUGAGGUCUGCUAUGACGGCCAUGUGUGAACACCAUGUGAGCGGUAAACUUGCGCUUGUCAUCGACCUCUGUAUGCUCUUGAAUAUAAAGUGACUUGAACCAUGGGUUGCGUGGACUUAAAAAAAUAAAGAGGCUUAAGUUUU